AUGCAGCCCAAAACACUGGAAAAAUACAUUAUGGUCACCAAGCUCAGGGCAAAAACAUGCGUUUUCUGGAGUGGCAUAAAUAGCGACAUCGACAAGAUAGUACAACAAUGCGCCAUAUGUCAACACGAGAUCCCAGUACGACCAUGGCAAAUCGUGGUUACUGAUAUUUUCAACCUUAACAGGCAUAGUUACCUCCUUAUUGUGGAUUACUACUCCAAAUACCCCUUCAUCCGCAAACUAAGGGAAUUCUCCAGCAAGGAAGUCAUUGAUCUUACCAAGCAAAUCUUUGCUGAACAAGGAGUCCCGGAAAGGCUUAUCAGUGACAAUGAGCCACAUUUUAGCUCUCAGCAUUUUAAAGAAUUUGCCAAAGCAUGGGAUUUUGAGCACAUCACCUCUUCUCCCAAAUACCCCCAAUCGAAUGGCAUGGCAGAACGGUGCAUACAGACCAUCAAGGAAGCCAUGAAGAAGGCCAUACUGAGCAACCGAGACGUAGACAUGAGUCUGCUGUGUCUCCGAUUGACUCCAAUGGAUCACGUAAUCCCAUCCCCGGGAGAACUACUAUUCAAUCGGAAGCUGGUCAGUAAUCUCCCCACGAAAUGCACCAACAAUAUUACCCGGAAAGAGGAAAUUCAGGAUUGCCUACUCGAUAGUCAGUGGUUGCAGGGAAAACAACAUGAUCAACAUGCAAAGGAUCUCUCCAAACUUAGCACAGGACAACUGGUGCGAGUACAAGAACAGGAUACGAGGAAGUGGACUCCAGCUGUGGUCAAACACGUCUGCACUGAACCACGUUCAUACAUCUUUGAAACCCCAACAGGACAGGUUCUUCGCAGAAACCGUAGGUAUCUCAAGGAAGAUGUUAGCAACAAGGCACUGACGUCUCCCCAUAGUACGUCCCCGCCUCACUCUGAGCCUCCACCCCCUAAUAUUCCAAACACACCUCCUGCAGGUACACCCAACACACCCUCCAACAUCUGCACUUCAUCUAAAGUAACACUCAGACCUGCACAUAAAACGAAGCCUAGUAGCAUCACACCAACAGAAAAAAUCACUAGAUCUGGUCGUGUCAUAAAGCCUCCCCAAAAAUACAACUUAUAG